GUAGGCCUAAAGCCCAAUAGACCAGACCACCUGAUGCAUUUUUUAAUUUUUACAUUUUUUUUUUUUCUCAGCGCAAGCUGUUAUGACGUCACAUUUAGAACGUCUCGCCUAGGCUUGGAACUUGCUCACUUUGUGGGUUGAAGUUUCGGAGUAUAGAUUGAUUACUGAUUGCUGUCUGACUUUUAUCGAGUGACAAAUAUUGUUAUCAUGAAAUUACUUUCACGACUGAAAAAAUUGAUUGAGAAGGAGUGUGUACAAGAGCCAUGUGUUCUUCUAAAACACACCUCUAACGCAGAGAACCAUCCUCCUCAUUGGCUUGAUGAGGCUCCUGUUGUUGGUGGUUUUGAUGGAGGAGAGGAGAAAAAGAAAAAAAAGAGCUUCUGGAGGUGGCCAGCUCUCAGCUUUCCUCGGAAAGCCACUAAAUACAAUCUGGCUAAAGCAGAGAAUAAGCACCAGGCUGAAGCCGGAUCAUAUCGGACAUUUAGCGAAGCUCCAGCUUCUAAAGUCCACCCUGUUGCUGCUGAGGAACAGCUGGAGCAGGAUGUCCUGGGCAAAUGCCACAUCCGCAGCCAUUAUAAAAUCGGCUCAAAACUGGGUCAAGGAGGAUUUGGUUUUGUCUACGAAGGGACUCGCUGCAAGGAUGAACUUAAGGUGGCUGUGAAAUUUUCAGUGAAGUCACCAAACACGCCAUAUAUCAGAGUGCCUGGUCAUCCCAAAAGCAUCCCAAUGGAGAUAGGCCUGACACUAAUGGCCAAUAAAAUCCCCAGAGCUCCUGAGAUCAUAAAAAUUCUGGACUGGGAGGAUAACGAAGACCACUUCAUUAUGGUCAUGGAGCGACCCAUGCCCUGCAUGAAUUUAAAAAGUUUCGUAAAGCUCCACGGAGAGAGUCUCGAUGAGGGGACGGCCCGUAACAUCAUGAGGCAGGUCAUUGAAGCUGCUAACGUUUGUGUCAAACGUGGUGUCUUUCAUCGGGACAUAAAAAUGGAGAACCUGCUGGUAAACCAGGACACCAUGGAGGUGAAAUUGAUUGACUUUGGGUGUGGUGCGCAAAUGAAGAGAUUUGGCUAUGAUGUCUUCAGUGGCACAAAAGCGUAUUGUCCACCAGAGGUUACCGUGAACGGCAAAUACCAUGCAAAGCCCACAACAGUGUGGUCGCUAGGGAUCCUCCUGUUCAUGAUGGCGUGCGGAUAUUAUCCCACAGAAUACGACCUGGAUCUGAUCAGUAAGAGGAGCUGGACCAGACCUGGCCUGUCACAAGAAUGCUGCCAGAUGAUUUCUUCAUGUCUGCAGUCUGAUCCACAGCAGAGAAUCGAUCUGGAGAAGAUGCAUAUGCAUGACUGGUUUAAGGCCACGGAGUAAGACAUGAAAAACCUAAGAAAAUAACACCUGUCAUGGCCAACCUGUUUAUUUCUAUCUUCAGUCAGCUUUGCAUCUGGUGGGCUGAUGAUAUGAGUGGCCUCUCCAUCCCUCCACUCAAGCCUUAGCAUCUUGUGAGGGCGGGCAUGUCCUGGUAGUGUCUGCCACCUCCACAUCAAGCAGCAAUACUUGUAAUAGUUAUUUGUAUUGUCUUUAAAUUUAUAUAUACUUCUUAAAUUAGUAAGACAUAAGUGUAUAAGAUAAGUGUGUAAGGUAGACAAGUGUUUAAGUGUAUAAGAUAGAUAAGUAUAUACAUUUAAAGAUAAGUGUAUAAGAUAGAAAAGUGUAUAAGAUUAGAAGUGUAUAAGAUGGACAAGUGUAGAAGUUUUAGGAUAAGUGUAUAAUAAGUG